UCCUCCGGGGGUGCCGGGCACAGCCUCGGAUUCCACCUUCCCGGCUGCUCCAGUCAGUUUCCCUCGCGGCAGCAGCGGGCAAAGGCAGCCGCGGCGCACAGCAGCAUCGCGGCGGCCGCCGCGGCUCUCCGGUUGGAGCGGGCGCCGGGCUGAGCUGCCCCUCGUCCCUGCCCGGCCGCGUCUCUCUAGUCUCCGGAGCCCCUCGCCGCUCCGUUCCCGGCUGUGGCUUCUCUACGAAGCGGGCGGGGCAGGAUCCCGCCAUCCAACAUCGGGAUCCCAGGAGCAGCGUUUCCCCUAGAGCGAGGCGCUCAGUAGACUUGUGCCCCGCCACCCCUGACCGCCGGGGGGUGCCCCAGGGACGCGUCGCCACCAAGAGAAGCAGGCAGAGGGGACCAUGCGGCGGCUGACUCGCCGCUUGGCGCUGCCCAUCUUUGGGGUGCUCUGGAUCACCGUACUGCUGUUCUUCUGGGUCACCAAGAGGAAGUUGGAGGUGCCGCUGGGACCCGAAGUGCAGACCCCCAAGCCUUCGGAUGCGGACUGGGAUGACCUCUGGGAGCAGUUUGAUGAGCGGCGGUAUCUGAAUGCCAAAAAGUGGCGUGUCGGUGAUGAUCCCUACAAACUGUAUGCUUUCAACCAACGGGAGAGCGAGCGGAUAUCGAGCAAUCGGGCUGUCCCAGACACACGCCAUAAGAGAUGUUCGCUGCUUGUGUAUUGCACGGACCUUCCUCCCACCAGCAUCAUCAUCACCUUCCACAACGAGGCACGCUCCACUCUACUCAGAACCAUCCGCAGUGUGUUAAACCGCACCCCUAUGCAUCUGAUCCAGGAAAUCAUAUUAGUGGAUGACUUUAGCAAUGACCCCGAGGACUGCAAGCAACUCAUCAAAUUGCCCAAGGUGAAGUGCUUGCGCAACAAUGAGCGGCAAGGUCUGGUCAGGUCCCGGAUGCGAGGUGCUGACAUUGCCCAAGGCACCACUCUGACCUUCCUGGACAGCCACUGUGAGGUGAACAGGGAUUGGCUGCAGCCCCUGUUACACAGGGUAAAAGAGGACUACACAAGGGUUGUGUGUCCUGUGAUUGAUAUCAUUAACUUGGAUACCUUCAACUAUAUUGAGUCUGCCUCAGAGCUCAGAGGGGGCUUUGACUGGAGCCUGCACUUCCAGUGGGAGCAGCUCUCCCUGGAGCAGAAAGCUUUGCGCCUAGACCCCACUGAGCCCAUCCGGACUCCAAUCAUAGCCGGAGGGCUCUUCGUGAUCGACAAAGCCUGGUUCGAUUACCUGGGUAAAUAUGACGUCGACAUGGACAUCUGGGGUGGGGAGAACUUUGAAAUCUCUUUCCGAGUGUGGAUGUGUGGAGGUGGCCUGGAGAUCAUCCCUUGCAGCCGGGUGGGACAUGUCUUCAGAAAAAAGCAUCCUUAUGUUUUCCCUGAUGGGAACGCCAACACAUAUAUAAAGAACACCAAGAGGACAGCUGAAGUAUGGAUGGAUGAAUACAAGCAGUACUACUAUGCAGCCCGGCCUUUCGCCCUGGAGAGACCCUUUGGGAACAUUGAGAACAGGCUGAACCUGAGGAAGAAUCUGCACUGCCAGACCUUCAAGUGGUACCUAGAGAAUGUCUACCCAGAACUCAGGGUCCCCCCAGACUCCUCCAUCCAGAAGGGCAAUAUCCGGCAGCGGCAGAAGUGCCUUGAGUCUCAAAAGCAGAAAAACCAAGAGAUUCUCAGGCUAAGCCCCUGUGCCAAGGUCAAAGGAGAUGGAGCAAAGUCUCAGGUGUGGGCCUUCACAUACACCCAGCAGAUCAUCCAAGAAGAGCUGUGCCUGUCCGUGGUCACCCUGUUUCCUGGUGCCCCCGUGGUUCUUGCUCUAUGCAAGAAUGGGGAUGAAAGGCAGCUAUGGACCAAGACUGGUGCCCGCAUUGAGCACAUAGCAUCUCACCUCUGCCUGGAUACGGACAUGUUUGGUGACAGCACCGAGGAUGGCAAGGAGGUCGUUGUCAACCCUUGUGAGUCGUCGCUCAUGAGCCAGCACUGGGACAUUGUGAGCUCAUGAGGACCCUGGGUGCAUUCAACUGUGGACCAGGAAUGAUGCUUCCCUGGACCAAACCAAACUGGAACCCAGGUUGUGAACAGCUCAUGACUGCAUCCGAUGUCCUCGACUGGAGAUAGAGCAAAGGCUCCCAGGACAGGAGCAACAGUCUCAGGGAAGAUGGAGGAAAAGGUCACAAACCAGCAGGGCUCAGUGACACCCUCAUGUGUGCAAUAUUAUGAAGGUCCAGUCCUGGCCAGGUUUUCUGAUUGGGACCUGGAGAUGGAGAUCCGAUGGGAAGUGUUUGUUGCACCCUUUCUUACAAAACAAGGCACCUUAUGGAGGCUGAAAGGGAAAGCUGUCCUUGUCACUGUGCCAGGACUACAUGGAGAGAUGCACAAUAGAGAUGGUUUUCAGAACAAAUAAAGCUAACUUUGGGAAUUGUC